AUGCCUCGGCUGACGGCCGUCCACACCGGAGGCCAGGGGGGUUCGGGACGGGGAGAGACAGCAGGCCGGGACCGUCAAUGGAUGGAGGAAGUAAAAGAGGACGGGGAGGGAGAACCUGCCGGGGGGAACCAAGAACUGCGGGGACUGCUGAAGGUGGAGGUGUCGCUGCAGCCCGCUCUGUUACUGGUGUGCUGGAGGCUCCUGUUGCUCUGUUUACUGUGGACGGUUCUGGGAGGUUGUGUUCAUGCCCUGAAGUGCUGCCUGCAGCCAGGACAGAACCAGUUCAAGGGGGAACCUCGGCAGAGGAUACAGCAGGAGGGUGUGACUGAAACCGGUAAUAGCCAGUGUUCAUGGGUGUCCCAGUUUAGGAGCCCAGGCCUCCACACUCCUCUGUCCCUGGCCCUGGCAAACAGCCUGCUGCUGUGUGUGCUCCAGGAGCCCCUGCCAGACCCCCGUGUGCCCCACAUUCAGGCUCUCCUCUCCAGGCUGGAGUCAGUGUCUCACACACUCGAGAAGGCUGGUACAGGAUCAGAGGUGACACCGGAGGAGGUGGACCGAGACUCCAUACUGAUAGACAAAGUGAAGCUCAUCUGCGCCUACCUACGGCAGAGGAUGAGGUCACUGUGUACUCUCGUCCAGGUGCAGGGGGAUUUCGAGGCCGGCGUGAAGGACAUGCUGGAGGGCCUAGAUGGCCUCUGGGCUCGGCUGGAGGAACUGCACACUGGGGUCACACUAACCAAAGAGGGGAGUCGAGGCCACGGAGACCUGGCCUUGGCCUGGACAGACGCAGAGAACUUGUUCGCAGUACUGGGACACUACAGGAGCAGACUUCAGUGCUGCCAGACUCAUCUGGAGGACAGCACACAUAUACUCCAGGAGUUAACCUGGAGUCAGACUCAUGUAAGCAACAGUGUGAGCAGCAGCGGUGAGUCGGUCUGGCCAGAGCUGUUGCUUCAGUCCAACAUUGAGCAGUUUGACAAGGUGCGGGAGAGUUUCUUCUCCCUGGAACAACAGACCUCUACUUUCCAGGCCCACCUGGAGGGACUAAGAAAGGGAAAUCAGGAAGGACACCCGAGACCCCUCGCUCAUGCUAACGGGGCCAGUUCACGCUCAGCCUCUCCGGGGACUUCCCCAUAUCUCCAUUGUGGACGCACAAGCGACGUGUCGCUGGAGCAUCGUAGUUCGACCUGUGCAUCGGCGUCUACAUCCUCCGUGGAUGCAGUCACAGACGCAGAAACAGACACUCCCCUCUCACUGUGUGAGAGGUCAGCUUUGCAGUUCUCUUCCACUAUUGGACGCCUGCGUAAAUCUGGAAGGAGGAAGUGA